CAGCGACCCUGCAUGGUGCGCCGGUGCUGGAAGGACGGGGCAAGAACGAAAAGCAGCGGUCCGGCGGGGCACAUGUGCAGCAGCCGGCACUGCCGCACUUCUCUCCGCACCCCCACCAUCCAAGCUGCAGAAAUGUCCACCUUCGCCGCCUCGUCCCUCUUCCAGCUCGCCGGCGCCGUGUGCGUCGUUACCGGCGGCGGCACCGGCAUCGGCCUCAUGGCCUCCAAGGCGCUCGCCGCCGCCGGCGCGCGUGUGUACAUCACCGGGCGCCGCGCCGAGGUGCUGGAGCGCGCGUCGAGCACGCACUCGCAGGGCCUGCCCGGCAGCCUCGUGCCGUUCGCGUGCGACGUGACGAAGCGCGACGAGCUGCUGCGCCUCGUCGCCGAGGUCAAGGACAAGGAGGGCAAGGUGCACGUGCUCAUCAACAACGCCGGCGUCGAGGGCCCGUGCACCAAGCUCGACCCCGAGGCCAAGAAGAAGAUGAGCGCCGAGGAGCUGUCGCAGGUGCACCUCGACAGCGAGAGCAUGGAUGCAUGGAGCCAGACGUUUGCGCUCAACAACCACGCCCUCUGGUUCGCCUCGAUGGCCUUCCUGCCGCUGCUCUCGGCGGGCAACGAGGCGCCGCCGACGCAGUACGGCAGCAAGGCGGCAUGGAAGAGCACCAUCAUCAACAUCACCAGCAUCUCGGGCCUCGUCAAGACGGCGCAGAACCACUACGCAUACAACAGCAGCAAGGCGGCGGCCAACCACCUCACCUCGAUGCUGGCGCACGAGCUCUCCUUCUCGGCCGACCUUGGCCUGCGCGUCAAUGCGCUGGCGCCCGGCCUCUUCCCCAGCGAGAUGACGGCCGGCACGGCCAGCGCAAACGGCGAGACCGACGAGAGCGCCGUGACGGGCCACGCCAACCCGGCGGGCCGCACGGGCACAAAGGAGGAGAUGGCCUCGGCCAUCCUCUUCCUGGCCACCAACACGUUCGUCACCGGCACGGUGCUGCCGAUCGACGGCGGCUUCACCAGCGCCGUCGCCUGCACGCGCUAGACUCUCUUUCUCUCCCCCUCGCACCAAGCUGUACGAUUGUAAUUGCAUGAACGCGCCCCGCCCACUACGCAUCCUCGAGCGGCCGCCG